CGGAGGAGAAAUUUGGCCAGGCCGAGAAGACCGAGCUCGAUGCCCACUUUGAACACCUUCUGGCCCGGGCGGACAGCACCAAGAACUGGACGGAGAAGAUCCUGAGGCAGACGGAGGUCCUGCUGCAGCCCAACCCCAGUGCCCGAGUGGAGGAGUUCCUGUAUGAGAAGCUGGACAGGAAGGUCCCCUCGCGGGUCACCAACGGGGAGCUGCUGGCUCAGUACAUGUCGGAGGCGGCCAGUGAGCUGGGACCCACUACUCCCUACGGGAAGACACUGAUCAAGGUGGCAGAAGCAGAAAAGCGGUUGGGAGCCGCAGAGAGGGAUCUCAUCCACACGUCCUCCAUCAGCCUCCUUACACCCCUGCGCAACUUCCUGGAAGGGGACUGGAAGACGAUCUCGAAGGAGAGGCGGCUCCUCCAAAACCGGCGUCUGGACUUGGAUGCCUGCAAGGCACGGCUGAAGAAGGCCAAGGCCGCAGAAGCCAAAGCCACGACGGUGCCCGACUUUCAGGAGACUAGACCUCGUAAUUACAUUCUCUCGGCCAGCGCCUCCGCGCUCUGGAAUGAUGAGGUGGACAAGGCCGAGCAGGAGCUCCGUGUGGCGCAGACAGAGUUUGACCGGCAGGCAGAAGUCACCCGUCUCCUGCUGGAGGGAAUCAGCAGUACUCACGUGAACCACCUGCGCUGCCUCCACGAGUUUGUCAAGGCUCAGACCACUUACUACGCGCAGUGCUACCGCCACAUGCUGGACCUGCAGAAGCAGCUGGGCAGAUUUCCAGGCACCUUCGUGGGCACCACGGAGCCCUCCUCCCCGCCCCUGAGCAGCACCUCGCCCACCACCGCUGCAGCCACCAUGCCCGUGGUACCCUCUGUGGCUGGCUUGGGCCCUCCGGCGGAGGCUGCGCUCUGCCUGGAGGAGGUGGCCCCUCCCGCCAGCGGGACCCGCAAGGCCCGGGUGCUCUACGACUACGAGGCAGCCGACAGCAGCGAGCUGGCCCUGCUGGCUGAUGAGCUCAUCACCGUCUACAGCCUGCCCGGCAUGGACCCCGACUGGCUCGUUGGCGAGAGAGGCAACAAAAAGGGCAAGGUCCCGGUCACCUACUUGGAGCUGCUCAGCUAGCUCAAGCCAAUCCGGCGGCUGCAGCCUUCACCUCUCCACACUCACUUUUUAACUGGUGUUUUUACUUCUGCCUGUCUGCUUGCUCUCUAGCCAAUGACAAAUAAACCCUUGUGUGCGAGUC